AUGCAAGACAUCGAAACAAGUUACUAUGAUCUUGUGGUGCGCAUGUGCGAUGAGUUGAAAGGUGUGCUGCUUCAAAACAAACCCACCGACCCUGUGGCCCUUGCAAUCGGUUGUUUAAACGCCGUUCAACAGAAGAAGAGGGAAUCGAAUGAACCGUUUCAAUUCUGGAAUUUAUAUUCCGAAUAUGCGGAUUCAAUCACAAAUAGCCAGCGCAACAAUCCGCCAAAACCCAAGACUCCAAACGGGUUGAGCAAGAAGCGACAAAGGGCAGACGAAGAACAAAGGAGCAAUACUUCAUUUUCUUCUUCAUUUCCUUAUCCGAACCCGUCCACGUCGUUAUUACAAUCGUUCAACGAGGAGAAUCAGAGCCAAGGGCAUCCUUCUUUAGCCAGCUCAUCAUCACCUAACAACAAUACAACUCCCCGACUUUCUUCUCGUUUUCACAAUCAUACUCCAGUUUACAAAAAUAUGCGUCGUAACUCUGUUAGCGCCGAAUCGAUCAAUCCGGAACAUUGUAGUAAGCUCCCAGUGUACCCGAAAGAUGCGCUCUCAAAGAGACAAAUCGAAGAAGCUACUCAAAAUAACCUGCUCUUUCGUAAUUUGGAUAAGGAAAUCAAAGAUAAAGUAUUGGAUGCCAUGUUCGUAAAGCCCGUUAAAAAAGAUCAAAUUAUUAUUCAACAAGGAGAGGAAGGUGAUAAUUUCUAUGUUGUUACUCACGGUAUGUUCGAAAUAUUAGUAAAUGAUCGUCCAGUCAUUACGGUCGCUGACGGCGGGAGCUUUGGUGAACUUGCUCUCAUGUAUAAUACACGAAGAGCAGCUACCGUAAGAGCAAUCACAGAUGGCACUCUUUGGGCCGUAGAUAGAAAAACUUUUCUCAGUACGAUUGCUACCUAUGUAGAUCACAAAAGAAAAAGCUAUGAGAAAUUUUUGAGAUCUAUUAGUAUCUUUAAAGAUCUUCAUCCGCCUGAGAUUAGUAAACUUGCAGAUGCAUUAGAACCGAUAGAAUAUAGAAAUGGUGAUCGCAUCAUUAAACAAGGCGAUCCUGGAGAGUAUUUUUACAUUAUUGAGAGAGGUCACGUCGAGGUCUGGAAAGAAUAUGAAAAUGGCACCAGCCAUUGUUUAUCAACCCUUUCAGACGGACAAUAUUUUGGCGAACUCGCUCUUAUUGAAGAUAAGCCACGUAGGGCUACAGUCUAUGCCAAAGGAUCAGUUAAGCUCGUGGCUCUUAAACGCGAAGCUUUCGUUCGUCUCUUAGGGCCAAUCGGAACAAUUAUGGAUAUUAUCAAGAUAAACGCACAGUCAUAUGACAUUAUUGAAUAUCAACAUCAUCUACCACUUUCUCCCGCUUCGCCUGUGCCCGAGCGUUCAGGUGAUAGUAUGGUUAUCGAUAGCAUUGCUGAUUCGCCACCUCGUAAUCAAGUCACUGUUAAGAGAAGUGGAUAUAGUGGAGCAGGUGGAGUGGAUGUGUUGUAA